AUGGCAUCUAUCAACGCGUCCUUCUCGGUGCUGACGAACGGCCCUCUCAGCGCCAUGAUCCUCUCGUACCAGUACGGCGUCACGAAGGAGAUGUCGACCGUGUGCCUCACUGCGCGCCGCAAGCUCAAGCGCCGCCCGCUCGCGUCCCAGAAGCACUUGAUUCUGUCCCAAUCCGACAUGUUCCGCGGCUACCUCCUCCUCAAGCUGCUCGAGAAGGACGACUUGGCGACAGCGAAAGAGCUUUUGCGCCAGCGCCCGACGGGGUACAUUGCGCCGCCCGUCGAGUCGAGCUACAUUUACGGUCUCAACAACGCGACGCGCCUCCGCGACCUCGAUUUGGUCAAGUUCCUCCACGAGAACGAGCUCUCUAAGGCCACGAAAGACGCUAUGGACACGGCCGCCGAGUUUGGCGACCUCGAGAUCGUCCGCUACCUCCACGAAAACCGCAAGGAAGGCUGCAGCCUCGUGGCGUUCGUGUUGGCCGAGCGCCACGACCACAACGACGUGCUCGAGUUCCUCACCGAGCACCGUCCCCGGGAUCGCAACGCGUGUCCGUCGGCAGACCCAAAGUUGCUCAUGAUCCCGGCAAUGCUUAGCAACACGUGCAGCAUUCAGUAGACUCGAUGCGAGUAGGAUAGGAUAUUAUUUUAUUUAAAAAGACACGUCGAUUUCACCACAAA